AUGACCAUCUCCCGCAUCGCAACGUUCUUGCCGAAGUAUUUCACAAAGCCGAACGAGAAGGGGAUGAGCGCGAGCGGGUUGUUUUUUGUUCUCAAUGCCGGUCCAGGAACUCCACCACCCAGUGACCACCCGAUCUCCGAAAAUCACUUCUCCAACGCCGACUUCGGUGAUCUGGUCAACUAUUGUUCUGCACGUCUACACAAGCACGAUCUCAAACCGAGCUUCUCCCCAGACGACACGAGCUCUCAACAAUUCCAUUGGCAACAACCACCUUCUACUACUGCGGCACGUCCUCGGAACCUGGUCUGCCCCGUCGAAAACUACCUCGUGUCUGGACGGAACGCUAUAAAGCUGAGUAGGCGGAAGCGUACCAAUAUACUCAACCACUCCAAUCUUCUGGCUGGUCUCCCCAUGUCUCGACUUGCUUUUUUCUUGACUUUCACUGUCUCCCUCACAUCAGUCUUCGCAGCAGAAAUUGCUGAGCGGGGCACGACCGAUCCCUCCUCCGUCCAUGUGCUUGGAUAUGUGCCUUCACGACACUUUGCCACCAUGGGAAUCAUCGCGUUCGCGCAAUCGGUGGUCGUGUCUCUGAUCCACUUCAUCUGGGUCCGACCGAUCAAACUCUCUAUGCUUACUUACGUUGUCGGAAUGACCACGCUCACCACUGGUUUCCUCCUCCGCGCCAUGGACGGGGCCGCGCCUUUCUAUCUGUGGAAGUACAUCGCCUGGGAUCUGUUGAUUCUUCUUUCGCCCAGCUUCUUUAUCGCCACAUGCUACUUUCUUCUCGCUCAUCUGGGCAAUACGUUCGAGCCUGAUGUCGUCUCGCGGUGCCUUGUCGUCAGCCCCUCAGGCAUUAUGACGUUCUUUGUCGGCAGCAAUCUCAUCAGUUUCCUGCUGGAGGGUGGCGGCGGAGCUUUGACUGUCUCACAACAUGAUUCUCUCGCCGCAGCGGGCUCCAAGAUUGUCUUGACCGGAUUCAUUCUCCAGACCGCCACACUCCUGCUCUUCAUUUACGUCCUGAUUUCUUUCACGAUCCGAAUGUCCAAUGACUACCCCCAUCUUUGGAAACCCGCCAAGGCGGCACCUUGGAAGGUAAUGUCUGCUGGGCCAAUCGAGACCUCGCGCCUGCUGGUCUACAUGAUCUUCAUUGUCUGCGGCGGACUUCUCGUGCGCACCGUAUACCGCGUGGUUGAAUUCGCUGGAGGCUACAACGGCGCCGUUGCCAACAAAGAGUUGUACUUCUACCUCUUCGAAGCGCUGCCGCUCGCCAUGACCACGUCGAUGUUCAUCUCGCUCUGGCCGACACGGUUCCUCCAUAAACAGCGGCAGAUUUAUUCGGUUCCUGGCAGACCGAGCGAGGAAGCGCUGAAACUCCAACCAGUCGGCGAGGCUUGAAUGACGUUCCGUGUCUUUCAUCGGAUCUCCAAACACCUCGCUUUCUUUCCUCUUCUUAUGAUCUUGACUUCACAUCGGUUCUUUAUUACGUAGAAAUGAACUUGGAUUAGAGUAUCAACAACAAUGUCA